AUGCAAGUAAUAUAUCUUACACUUUCACCUCCUUUCUUUCUAGCUCGGUUUCCAGAUAAACCUACAAACCUCACGUUCACAAACAUCAAGUCAAGAAGUGCUGAAAUAUCUUGGCUAGAUCCAGAGAACACAGGAGAUGGAAAUCUUACAGAAUUUUGGAUUCAACUCCAAAAAGAGAACUCCCUUAUCCUGAAUAUUACCACAAAUAAAGUGAACAAAUACGAAUUAGGCAAUCUCACUCCAUUCACUACAUAUGAAAUAUCCCUGGCUGCUGGGAAUCAAAACAGUCUCGGUGAAAAGACCAUUACUUCAUUCAUAACAUCUGAAGAAGGUGAAAUAAAGCAGAUUAAAACGCAGACAAUCGUGAAUCUUCAGAAGUGAAGCUUUCUUUCAUUUCUUACAAAAUCAGCAGUUGCUUUUGCACUUUUAAAUAAGUUGAUAGACUGUUCCUUAUUUAAUGGUAUGAAACUGUACAUAACAAAACAUUUGUAAUCAUUACAGAUUAUGACCUAAUUGAUCUAAAAUUAAUCUGAUGUUCGUUUUAUUUUUUAUUUAUUUAUUUAUGUCCAACUUUUGGAAUCUUUCUAUCUGUAAGCGUUAGCCAGCGUGGCUGGUUCUCCAAGAAAACGUAGUAGUAUACCAUGUUGGUUAUCUGCAAAUGCAACAACUCUCACACACAAUGGUGGUAUUCUCGCACAUCACGACUAAGAUUCAGCAGAAUUGUCAUGCAUUAUUACCAACCAAUCCCCCUCCCCAUACACCUCUAACUAAUACAACAUCUUAUUUCACAAAAAAAGGUCCUCCACUGAAUGUCGCAGUGACGGCAGAAAGCUCAUCAUCAUUAUCUGUCACGUGGGAACCUCCUGAAAAAGACAAAAGAAAUGGCAUGAUCGUCAACUAUACUGUGUGUAUCUCACAUGAAGGAAAUAAACCUUGCUUUAAAGAGCAAACUACAAAGCAAAAGAUGUUAAUUAUCAGAAACUUAAUUGCCUCAACCAAAUAUUAUGUUCGUGUUCUUGCAAGUACUAAAGUCGGUUUUGGAAACUACAGUGAAACUAUAGGAAAAUUUACAAAUGAACGUAAGUGUUGCCUUGCAUUAAAACGUAUUGAAUAAAAGAAAGGAAUAACUUUAAGAAAUAUUUGUAAAUCGGAUACAGAUUUCGUCUUGAUUUACAUAAACUUUAGCUUCGCUUUUCUCGAUUGGUUAGAAGAAUACAGAUCGGUUGCUCAUGCUUUAUAUUUUACUUAAAGAAUUCAUGAGUCUACAUAUUUUCCUACAAACGUUUAUAUCUUAAACGUUUAUAUCUGCAAGUGUUAGCCAGCGAAAACUUUACCGUGUGCAUGCACAUAUAGUCUCAUUGUUUACUGCAUCGUAAUAUUCUUAGUCCUUUCAAAUUUCAGGCAAGGAUGAAAAUGAUGAUGGUUCUGAGAAAUAUCUUGCUGGUAUAAUAAUAGUGUUAGCAAUUGUGCUGGUCAUAUCAUUCGUGAUUAUUGCAUACUUAAUCUACCAAGUACGUCGACUCAAAUCAUCAAAGCGAAACCCGGAGAACAAUAACAAGGACAGAAGUAAUUUAGAAGAAAUUGAUGAAAAUCCUGACAAUGAUGAUGCGAAUUAUGAAGACAUGGAAAAUGAAGAGUUGACGUAUACAGCUCUCAAAAGACCUGGCCCUGGUGAGCAAGAAAAUGACGUUCAUCUAUAUGCCCAUCUAAAUGAAGGACACACGGACUACGUGAUUCCGAAGGAAACUGGACUUUAAGGGGGCUCUUAUACGAAGCCCCUUUGGUUUAUCUAGUGAAUAAGCUCAGUAUAGAAAAACAAGUCGGCAUACAUUUGUUAAAUAACCAAACUGAAUGUUUACGACUUGAAUAGAAAAGUAUCAAUUUGUAUUAAUAACUUAGACUGUUAUCACUAUAUAUCUAAAAUACACUAAACAUAAUCUAUACACUAGCUGAUUUGCAAACUAGACAUGGCCUGAUCCUUGCUCUGGCCUACAUUUUGGUAGAGUGAACAAACUUUGCCGUAGCCUAGGUAUAUAGUUACCCUCUUCAAAUCUUUGUUCAGUUUGACGUAAUUUUACAUCUUCCUAUAUAUUCAUUAUCAUUUAAUUUAAAGCCGCCAUUUAGUACUAUAGUCGUGCAUUUCUAUACGUUCACUUUUCAUCAAGAGUUUUAAUGGUUUUCAACAUCUAUAGACAUGUACAGGUUAAAUUUUUUGGGCUGAUACGUUUUCAAUGUUUAAGACGUUCAAUUAAAAAACAUUGGAACUGCAUGCAUUUCGUUUAUCUAUGUUGGAAAAGCUCAUUAUAGAAAACAACUCAGCAUAUACCUUUUUUAAACAACCAAACUGAGCGCUUUCGACUUGAAUAGAAAAUUACCAAUAUAGCCUACGAGAUAAUUGUUGUCAUUUCCUCUGAAAUGCACAAUCUAUAGCCGUGCUAACAUUGCAGUUCCUGAUUUAGGAAUGUUUGAUAUUUGUUAUUCAUGGAAUUUCAAAAGCACCACAGUCUUCACGCCGAUUUUCAAUAAAUAUAUUUCUGUUAUUUUGCUUCGCCUCGUUGGUUCAAUUCGUGUUCCGCUUUCAUAACGCGUACUUGAAUUGAAGUGCUUCUUCCCUUGUCUAAUUUCUCAAAAAUGAAAACUUCUGGCAUUAGCCAAGAUAAUAUAUAUACUUAAGCUACCCAGCCGUUUAUAAGAAUUUUCACACACGAUGCCUAAGAUAUAAAAUAAAUAUAUCUAAUCGCACAACAAUGCACGUUCUGACGUAGGCUAAACAAGUUAAACAUUUUUAAAUACAUAGUAAUAUUCUUAAUCCUUUCUAUAACUUCAGGUAAGGAUGAAAAUGAUGAUGGUGCCAAAAUAUAUAUCUUAAUUGUAAUUGGAAUUCAAUAUUUCGGCUGUUAUUUUGCUUCGCCUCGUUGGUCCAAUUCUUGUUCCGCUUUCAUAACGCGUACUUGAAUUGAAGUCUUCCUCAAUUAAAGAAGAUGUUUUCAAAGUGUUUUCAUUUUGCAAUACUGACCAUGAUUUUCCUGUCACUCCAAGGUACGUUUUCUGUCGUUUAUAACAUGCAUUUACAUUUCAUGUGCUUUCAAACACGCAGUCACUUCUGUGCUGAAUCAAACCUCAUAAUAAGUGGCAAUGAUUAUAAAUCUAAACAAGACGCUCCACGGAGCGUUAAGUUCCUGGGACUAUGGAAAUAUGCAACUUUAAGUACAAGAAAACCGCUGAAGAGCGCGUUUGUUUUCCCGAAAAUAUUGAUUCUUGAAGUUUGAAUGAUCGACUGCAUGGUGUUAUGUUGCAACUGGCAAAGUUAAAACCGAACUUAACUAGCUAUAGUUAGGGCAUGCGUCGAAGGCUGGAAGGCAAGAAUACGGUAUUCUUCGCCUCCACCUAGACGCAUCAUUAUAACUUCUGUGUAAUAAAACAAUGCUUCGUGAGAGAAGUAUUUCGAACGAUUCCCAAGCAAACAUGCACGUCUACGGAGUUAAGUCAGCUACUUAAAUGUGGCCCAGCAAAUGACCUGUGUCUAAGUUCAAUAUAUCACGCAAACAAUAUAUAAACGUAUAUACUACAAGGAUAACGAAACAUAGUUUCGGUGGUGUAUCAAAGUGGUUUGCCAAAUUAAAACUCCACCCAGCCCGUCUGUAAGAGAUUAUUAUUAAAGCCUCGCGAGAAGAAAGAUAGUGUUUCACACGAUUUCGUAGCAAAACAAACCAUGUCUGCAUUCUGCGCAUGAAAUCAGUAAGUUUAUUCUAGUGAUCUCUGCGGUCUGAGUUCGAUCUCACAAAGAUCAAUACGUAGAGAACGAAACAUUUCGGUGGUAUAUCAGGACAGUUCGUCAAAUUCAAACUGCGGUCUGUGCGACUGCGUAAGAGAAUUAGACCUUUCCGAAGAGAAAGAUAGACUAAAGUGUUUCGCACGAUUUCAGGGCAGAAUAAACUAUUUGCCAUCGUCUAGCACACAGGGACGUCGCUAAAGUGGGGGGGUGUGGCUAGGAUAACACCCCCAAUAGCCUGCAGACAUUCCGCAAACCAUUGAACCCCAGUCAGAAAAUUGUUUUCGUAGACGGCAAAAAUUGAGUUGGACAUGCAGGAAGAAAAAAACUAAAAAAUUGACUUGAAAUUCACUGAUUACAAACUAAUAUUCAUAGCGAAACAUUUUUGAAAAUGUAUGAAAAAAGGAAAAAUUACCGAAUGACGGUCUGUUAACCGAGAAAGGAACAUUUUCGGGAAAAGAAAUAUUAAUUCGUUUUUGAGAUAAGUCGGCAAAAUUGCACUUAAACCCCUCCAUUAAAACAGGGCUAGCGACGCCCCCGCGUCUACACAAUGACACUGAAACCAGUAAUAGUAAAUUUAACUUAAACACUAGCAACGACGAACAUGCAUGUCUACGGAGUUAAAUCAGCGAGUUAAAUAUAUGGUUAAAUGUGACCUAGCUAAUGACCUGUGUCUAAGUUCAAUAUAUCAUGCACGCAAACAAUAUAUGACGUAUAUACUACAAAGAUAACGAAAGAUUUUGGUAUUGUAUCAAAGCAGUUUGCCAAAUUAAAACUGCACCCAGUGCGUCUGUAAGAAUAAUAUCUAUUUGAUAAACCCUGUGUUCAUAUUAUUUUAAGCCGGACUGCAAAUUAUUUGCGUUUUAAAAGGUUUCCUCCCUGACUUUCUCACCUCUUUGGCGUAAAACUUACUUCAAAAUUGCUUAAACAUGACGAAACAGUUUGCAAUACAAAUCGCCCGGCGACCACUCGGAUCACUCCUUAAAGGCGGCGGCCAUCUUGCUUAUUAAUAUUCUAUUUUGUGGCUAUCGACGACGAUCCUCUAUCCGACAUCUACCAAAACUGCGUGCCGAAAUCUAUAGUCGCAGGGUGCCCCAGCGACUAACUAUACACUGCAGUCUGGAUAUUAAAGAUUUAAUUAAACUUCAUUGCCAUUAAUUCAUCCAAUUGCGGAGUUGAUCAGGAAUGAGUCAGAAAAACUGCUUGCAAUAAACAAUGUACAGCAGUGACUGAACAGCCAAUCAAUUUUGUUAAUUAGCUUGCAUUAGCUUGAUGCAUGUUUAGACAAAUGAAAUAUACUUAUGUGAUAUAAGUCAUAUAAAUGAGCUGUGAAAGACACUGUGCCAUCAACAACCUUUUAUUUACACGAUACUUCAUAUAAACACAAGCACACAGACAUGCAACAUGGGUCCAUUAUUUGCUUCGUUAUUUAUUUUGGGUUUUUUGUUUUGUUUCAGGCGCUGUUUGUUUCUUUGUGAAACAUGUACAGACAGGGAUGUGUACAAAUGACACAAGACUACUAGAGGCGAACGAGUCUUGGGGAAUCUUAACUUUUGUGGAACUUUCCAACAACUGUCUGGAUCCAGCUGCUCAGUCUCGGUUUCUUGAUAAUAGUGCUAUGUUAAAUUUGGAAAGAAAGGGAUGUUUCGAGGCAACAUUAGGAAUCGUCAUGGUUAUAAUCUUGUUAUGUUGUAUAUGCUUCUUGCUACAAAUCUUUCAGCUAAUUGUCGUCAAGACCAUGCUAUAACCCAGACCUCUUGGGGAGGUUUAUCUGUAUACUAUAAUUCUCAAACGCAGUGUGCAGUCCCUGAAACAGAUGAUCGACUUGCUACAAGUCAAGGAAUAGAUCCCUACAUAGGAUUGACAAAUUGUACCGAUGCAGAGGAUAAACGUUUUAAUUUUGGUAAAUUGUUUUUAUUUGUAUGCAGUUAAUUUGUUUGAUGUCUUUGCACAUAAAAAGUUCUUAUUUGUGAUUUUGCAGUCUGCAUUUCAUAUUUACUUUUUAAAUUUCUCACUAACCAUUGCCGCUAAGCUAGCCUAGAGGCUAGACGUAAACCACUUGUAUUAAGACUUAGGUGUAUAUAGUAAAAGCUUUAUAGGCCUACCUUCUUCAUACAUAUAAGAUCAGAAUGACUCAAUUAUCUCGGGAACUGCUGACGCCUUAUUAACUUUGACCAUAAAAGCAAAAACUGUAUAUAUUUUAUGUCAUCGAUGAAGAAAAUAAAACGUAGCGGUCCGAAGACAGAGCCUUUCUUAACUCCACGUAUAAUUAGAUUUUAGAUUUUUCUUUUCAAAGAAAUCCCAAUGAAGACUCUAUGGUUGUUCCAGAUAUUUCAUAUAACGCUGAAUUUCUGCAUAUCAUGUCCAGCGAUGGUGUUUUGCAUUUUGUGUACAUCGCCAUGCCGUUCAACGAAAUCUCUUGCCCUACUUGUUACUGUCAUUUAUAAUAGUGCUCGUCAUUUCUAAAUUUUCGUUCUGUUCUAGGUUCAGUGACGUGCUAUGGAGAUAUGGUAGAGAAUGCCAACUGUCCUAAAGAUCAGUACAUGGUGGUCAAGAAUGCAUCGUACUGUGGAUUGCUGCCCAAAAAGACAUGUGGUUUGAGUGAUGAUUAUAGUUGUGAAGUUAACGUAACAUGUCUUGUUAAGAAACAAUGUGAUGGUCAACAUGAGUGUAAUAUAACUGUGAAUGAAACCUUGUUCUCUGGUGAUCCAUGUCCUGGAUUGGCAAAAUAUCUUUACUUUGAAUAUCAAUGUAAUGAUACAGCGACGUCUUUUAAUAAUCUUUGUGGUAUGUAUAUGACUAAUGAGAAUAGAGAGGUUCAAAUUUGACUUCCACUACUGCUACCUGUCAGUGGCUUAAUACGCAUUUGAUUCGUGUAGAUUAAACGUGUCUGAUUGGUUAAUGGUAACGGUAGUGGAAGUCAAAUCUGAACCUUUCUACUUCUAUUGUAAAUGCGAAAGUAAUCAAUGGCGACCACCCAAUGGCAUAAAUCAAUUCACCGUAAACCAGCAGCACAUUAAUCUUCGCUUGUUCAUCAAUUGUUUCACACUGAACAUAUUUUCUUAACUUUCAAAAGACAAAUUUUUGCCGAAAUUCACAGGUUACCAAAUCACAUAAACUGUGAAGACUUGCCCAAACUUUUUCUUGUUUUCCUUCUGUAGUUGAUGCUGUGUUUUUAUCAUAUUCAUCUCUACCAAAUAAAGGUUUUGUAAAAAUUACAACUGACAGUGGGAUCAAGAAUGUAUGUUGGCAAAGUUUAGGAAACGCAAAGGAUGUUGUUUGUCGUGAAUUGAGUUACAAAGAAGCAAAUUCACUCGUUCAAAAGGUCGCUCCAUCGGAUUUAAAAGAUGAAAUAUUUUCUGGAAGUAUAGUGUGUGAUGAUGGUGAUAUAAAAUUAUCUCAAUGUUCGGUUACCACUUCUUCCCAAAGUUGUUCGAAUUUAUCAUACUUAAAGUUUUUACAAAAAGGAUGACCUUCAUGUGACUAAGGUUAUGGAAGAACAUAAUGAAUGAAAGAGAUAAAACAAAGUUCGUAAGACCUAAUUUCCAUAUUUUAGGUCAUAUUUGUCCACGGCCCCUGCUAGGAGACAAACAAAGAUUUCCAUAUUCGUCAUUCACUACCUCAGCUUCUUCAGAAGGUCACAGUGCUUCUGAUGUAAAAAUAUCUAGUGGCAGUUCUUGGUGUGCUCCUGUUUCGGAUGGCAAACAUUAUCUUCAAUUGGACUUUGGAAGACUUUAUGUUUUGUAUUAUCUGGCAAUAUUUGGAGAUAGUACCAGUUCCAAGUGGGUGGCUACAUAUAACUUGGACUUCACUGUUGAUUUGAUAAAUUGUAAAUCAGUAUGGAACAAAAGAGUAAUUGCUGUUUAUUAUUUUUUCGGUUUACACUCAUUUGAUAAUAUAUAUAGGUUUGUUGCGGGACAUAACGGUAUAAUAUAACAUAACAUAACUUAAAGAAAAAAAAUAUUUUUGGUCUUUAGAUAUUUCAAGGAAACAAAACCGCUUACAAUGAUGCAGCUAUACAAUAUUUCCCUGAAGGCAUAACAACAAGAGCUUUACGAUUUAUUCCAUUAACAUAUGUAGGUGAACCGUGUACGAGAAUCCAGAUCUGUGGUGCUAUAGUAAGUUAUUUUUCUUUUGCCAUUAAAGAGGAUAAAUUAACACUUUAUUAUUAUUUUUUAUGAUCAAUGUGUCCACAGCACAUGUAUCCUAGCACAAACAAAUGAAAAUGUUAUUUUACUAUAAUCCCUUUCUUUCUAGCCCUGUUCCCAGAUAAACCUACAAACCUCGCGGUUGCUAACAUCACAUCAAGAAGUGCUGAAAUAUCUUGGCUAGAUCCAGAGAACACAGGAGAUGGAGAUCUUACAGGAUUUUGGAUUAAAUUGAAAAAAAGACCUUCCUAA